AUGUCUCUACAUGGUACUCUGAGGUCGCCGCUGACCCUUGUGUGCAGAAGUGCGAGGGUCGUUCGGAUAGGAAGGAGCAGAUGGAGCAGGCCGCGGCCCUUCAGCGUCCUCAGCAGCACCCGGCAGCAAGAGCGUGGAAUCCGGGUGGCAGAUCCUGAUGUUACCGGGGCAUAUAAUCACAAUGACUUCACACCGGUAGAAGCUACACAAGGAGUUCCGCUCGAGCAGGACUAUCGUUCUCAGCAGAGGACUUCUACCAAUGUUUCAGAAGCCCCCGAAGGCGCAACGGCCCCCAUUGUUAGCUGGGUCCGCGACACAACCCUAGAAGAACUAGACCUUCCGACGGCCACGGCCAUCCAGGUCGACUCCGAGGCAAAGCUGUUCGACCACGUCUAUCUACGGGAUAGCUGCCAGUGUCCUCUCUGUGUGGAUCCAUCCACGAGUCAGAAGCUCUUCCAGACCUCCGAUAUCCCAUCGAAUAUCACCCCGACGCAAUGUUUACUCGGGGAGAAUGGUAGUCCACAGAUCCAAUGGGCGAAUGACAUUCCCGGAUACCCUGCGGACCAUACAUCCACGAUACCAAUAUCCUUGUUGGAGAACCCUGCGCGCACUUCCCCUGAUGAGGCACUAUACUCUCCCGGCGUCGAGGGACGCACUACAUGGAACCGCGACAAGAUGGCAGAAGAGAACCGGUUCGUCCUAUACAGCGACUACAUGAGGAGUGAUGUCGUACUCUACAGAACGUUGGACCAGCUGAACAAGUACGGUCUGGUUUUCUUGAAGGACUGCCCGAAUUCGGAGAAAGCUGUCGAGCGCAUUAUAAGCAGAAUAGGGACGCUUAGAGACUCGUUCUAUGGCCGCACGUGGGACGUUAAGAGCAAGCCUGAUGCGAAGAAUAUUGCGUAUACGCAUCAGUUUCUGGGCAUGCAUAUGGAUCUUCUUUACAUGACCAACCCGCCCCACCUCCAACUCCUACACUCCCUCCGCGCCCGCGCCCCCGGCGGCGCCUCCAUGUUCUCCGACUCCUUCGCCGCCGCCACAGCCCUACAGCACAGCUCUCCCGACCUCUUCGAGACCCUCACGACCUACCCCGUACACUACCACUACCACAACGACGGGCACCACUACCGAUCGACGCGUCCGACGGUCGAGCUCAACGAGAGCGGUACCAUCCGCCGCGUGAACUGGAGUCCACCUUUUCAGGCCCCGCUGAGCUCCGGCAUCUACGCUACUCCCGCUGCUGAAGCGUCCCCAGGCGAGCAGCAGAGCCCGUUGAGGCAAUAUCUCGCCGCCGCCUCCGCCCUCCAAAAGCAUGUCGAAGCCGAGACCAGCAUCUUCGAGCACCGCCUCAACGAAGGCGAGUGCGUCAUCUUCGACAACCGGCGCGUGCUGCAUGCGCGGCGGGCCUUCGAGGCGGAUAGGGGGGAGCGCUGGCUCAAGGGCGCGUAUGUGGACGACGAUGUCUUUUUCUCGAAACUGAGAGUGUUGGGGGAGAAUUUUAGGCCUGAGGGCGUGGUAAGGAAGACGGCGAAGGGGAAGAUAUCUGCGAACGCUUGGAGAGAGGAGAUUAGGAUGAGGCAUUUUGAGAGAAGAGGGGUUGACAGAGGCGGGGAGGGGGCGGAGGGGGCCGCAGAGGGCCGGACGGUCAGGAUGAAGAAAGUUGAGGUUUCUUCCCCUAUCAGGCGCAUUCAUCUUCCGUAG